AUAAUGAUUGCUGAAAGAGUCGGUCAUCGCCGGUUCAAGGAGUGAAAAAACAACGUAAAUAAACAAGCAAAAGUGCAUCAGAGUCAGAAAACGCAAGAGCUAUUUUUUUUUAUCAGCAAAAGUUUAUUCGAAUUUACGCGGAGAAGAUUGUGGUAUUCAACAGUGCAAUCGCGACACGGUCCGUCGUGAAUUUUCUCGUGCAAGUAGACGUAAUAUUGUGUGAUUCAUUGGGACUUACCCUUGGGGUGAUCUCUGGUGUAACGAAAGGAAAGUUUUAUUUAUUGUUUUGGUAAACAUGCAGCCGUCGGACUUUUCCAACGAGGACUUUAUGUCGAACCCGUCGCUGGCCAUGGAUGCCUGCUUCACCGCGUUCGACAAGGAUGGUGACGAUCGGCUCUCGCUGGCCGAGUUCACGCUGAUCUGCCGGGCCCUGUUCCGGAACGACAAGGGCCACAUCUACGUGGUGCCGUCGAACCGGCUCGAGGAGAUGUUCCUGGUGUUUGACAAGAACGAGGACGGCUACAUCGACCGGGACGAGUUCCAGUUCUGCUGGAACCAGUGGAUUAAGACGAUUGUGCGACCAAUCAGCGCGUUCCUCAUCGUGGAUGUUCAAAACGACUUUAUCAGCGGCUCGUUGAACAUCAGCAAUUGCAGCGCCCAGCAGAAUGGACUGGAGGUGAUUGACCCGAUAAACAAGCUCCUGGAUACGGUCGAGUUCGAUUCCGUGUUCUACUCGCUCGAUUGGCACCCCAGCGAUCACGUGUCCUUCAUCGACAACAUCAAGCAGCGGCCGAUCCAUCCGACCAGUCCGUUGAACUCCGACAACGCCCAGGUGUACGAUACGGUCAUCUUCGCCGGUCCGCCCCCAAUGAAGCAGCGGCUGUGGCCCCGACACUGCGUCCAGGACUCGUGGGGUUCCGAGCUGCACAAGGAUCUUAAGAUUGUCGACCAGGGCAUCAAGGUGUACAAGGGCACGAACCCCGAGGUGGACUCGUACUCGGUGUUUUGGGACAACAAGAAGCUCUCCGACACGACGCUGUGCGGCCAGCUGCGGAUGAAGGGCUCCUCGGACAUUUACGUGUGCGGGCUGGCGUACGACGUGUGUGUCGGUGCAACGGCGAUCGAUGCGCUGUCGGCCGGCUACCGAACCGUCCUCAUCGACGACUGCUGCCGGGGCGUGGACGUGAACGACAUCGAGAGCACCAAGCAGACGGUGAUAUCGAACAACGGCGUGAUUGUCAACUCGCGGGAGGUCAAGGCUAUGGUGGAGGGCCGGGACCGCCGACCAGAGCUGGGCUACAAGCUGGCGAUGGAGCUGAAGAACGCCGACUCGGACCUGUCGAAAAAUAACGCCUGUCGACGACAGAACCAACAGCAGCAACAGCAACAGCAGCAGCAGCCACAACCGGACAGGCCACAGUAAAAUGAUGACAACACUCCGUCCCGGAAAUGGCAUCCUAUUUGCCUUCCUUCUUACUUUCUCUCCCUCUUAGCACCCUCCCUCUCGCUCUAUCUAUAUAUUGAAAACGUUUUUUUUCCUUCAUUUUCCUACACUUUUCCAUUUCGGAGUUUUCGGUUCGAAAAAAACUUUGCCUAUUUCAAAUUGGCCUAAGCGGCCCCAGGUUCGGUUUCCGGUCACUUGCUUGCUUCGUUUUUUUACCCACUGUCUCACUCUUUCUUUUUGACCAAGUGCGAGUAUGUUUGCCCAGCCUCCCCCCAGUGAGUGAGUGUGGACCAAGUUCUUGUUUGUUUUGCCGAACCGAAAUUAAUAGCGCAUAAGUUUGAACAGAGUGGCUUUAUAGUUUUUCGGUAUAUCUUUAGGGGUUAAGUGGACAAGUUUUCUCUCUUUUGUAGCUUUUGUAGGACGAUUGAAACAAUGGUGUGAAGGAAGUUUGUUUGCGAGGUAUGGAACAUGUUGCCUAACGAAGAGUUUAUUUUUUUCGUACGAUGCUAGUUUAGGUUGCUAAAAGUUGAAAGUUUUUCAAUUAUCGAAAGGGCUUAAUUUUUUUUUGUGAGUUUAAGAAUUAAAGGGACAUAAUUUUAUUUUCUCAAUUCAUAUUUGGUCAAACACAGCACUAUACUCUCAAAAAUCUGUAAAUGAUAAUAUAACAAACAGAAGGGGGAAUCUAAAUAAAACACUUGCUCUGAAUAAUAGUAAAAAAAAAACUCGUGCUAAAGAAUAACACCCAUAGUAGAGCAAUGCCAUCCGGCAGGAUAAUACUCUUGGGCUGGUAGUAAAAAGAUAAUUUGAAUGGACAAAGCAGAUUAAUCUCGAAAUGGAUGAGAGCAUUAUUUUUGAGGCUCAUUAUAAAAAACCAAACUAAAAUUCUCAACCAAAAGAGCUUAAACCUGAAAAUAAAAAACCCAUUUUGACAUUUUUGUUUUACUUUUAAAUAAUUUGUUCUUUUAUUUUGGUAGUGAAAUUUAAAUCGAUUCAAGAAAAAUAUUCCAAAAAGGUCUCUUUAAAUAAAAAAUUGUCUAAAUAUCAAAAAUGUUGCAUUUUUUUAAUGAAUAAGCCUUUUCUUAUAGAAUAACAAUUGUUUUCAAUUCGUAAACUUAAUCAAAAAAUGAAAAAAAAAAUGUAACAAAAAACGCAUAAAAAGGAAUGUACAUUAUUGUUGUCACAUUGGCUAUUCUAAAAUUUUCUUAAAUUGUUUGACAAUGAUGAAAUAAAAAACACAUCCUAUGCAGAAAAAAAUAUAAUCUGACCGAUUCUUAGCACUUGUUUACCAAGCAGUCAUUUUUUCAAGUUGAACUUUGGAUGGUUCUGAUAAUUUUCCAUGUUUUACAACUAUUUGAACCACACUAAAAACAUAUUUAAGCACCAAAGUCCCUUUUUACAACAUAUCUGUGAGCAGAAGUUGUAAAAUGUAUACACGCUGAAUUUUUUUAUUUUUUCAACUUUUUCAAUUAAUUGCUCAAAUUAAUGGAUGAAAUGCAGAUAUUUAAUCAUUCUAAUCGGAAUUUUAAAGUAAAAUGACACUUUUAUAAGCCCUCUUAUUGACAAAAGCAGAUUCUGUAGGUAUAAAAUUAUACAGGACAUUUAAAAAGGGGGUAUAUGCGGAAGCGUUGUCCCGUCACGAAAAAUUACAAUUGUUUAGUUUGCAAUGAAAUCGAAUUUGCAUCAUAUUUUGGAUUCUCUUCGUACUCGAAAAACCCUUUAAAAUGCUUAUCAGAAAUCGAAAAUUGGUCAUAAGGAACCAGAGUUACGACUGACGCAAGUUUGCGUUGUCCCGUCACGCCAAUUUGUUGGUCAAGGCACGAAUUCAAAAAAGGUGCCGUUGAUGGCUUGUUACAUCCCUGAAAAAAAUCAAUUUUCUGGCUUCGCCAUAUUGGCCGCCAUCUUGGAUUGCACAUUCCCUGAGUAUUUUGGAAUAUUCUAGGGCUCAUAUUCAAGUUCAGCAACCCUUAGUUGAAUUUGACCUGUUCAUUGCCGGAUACAUUUCUUUAUAAAAUAUCGAAUAUUCUAGCACCGCCAUAUUGGCCGCCAUCUUUGAUUGCACAUUGCCUGAAUACUUGGGAGUAUUCUUGGAGUCAUAUUCGAGCUCAGCGACCUCAAAUUAGUUACAGUUGAAUAGUCAGUAGAGAUUUUCAAGACUGCUUCAUUUCGUGACGGGACAACGCGAGCAAAACCCUCUUUUGCAAAAUAUCUGCGUUGUCCCGUCACGAAAUGAAGUACCUGUCAAAUUUGACGAAAUUCGGUGAUGCAGAAAGCAAAAUCUUCGUUUUUCAUUUUAGAAACAACUCAAGAAAUAGGUUUUUUUCAAAAACUUACUAGGAGAGCAGAGUUCUUCACUUUUGCGUAUAAAAAUCAAAAGGAUCCAAUUGUACGAUGUUGUCCCGUCACGCUACAUUUGUAUCUCACUUGACUCAAACGUUGUGUUUUUAAUUGUUUGUUGGAGUGAAUCUUAUUGGAAAUUUAAUGUACUUUCCAAAUUUAUAAAUAUUGGUACCUAUUCCCACAGAUUUGAAAGUUAUCAACAAAAAACUGAUAACAUAUGCGUACAAACGUUGUCCCGUCAAGAAAGAAUCGGUCAUCUACAGUUAUAUCUCAUAAUCUGAACACCCACAUUAUUGGAUCACUUUUGUGGUAAUUUUUCAAUAGUAUUUCUUUUCAUAAGGCAACUUGCCCUAUAACCCUGAUUUUCCAAAGAUCUUGUGUAGCGUCAGUGAGGGUGACUAUGGGUUAAAACGAUACACUUCGCGUAAUUUCUUAGCAAAAAAAAAAAACAAUUUAAAUAACAUCAAAAAUCUUUAAACGUACAAUUGUCCUUAGCUAAUUUACUAACAUUUUCCCAAAAUAUGGUGGAAUUUGAUGAACUAUACCAAAAAUGCCAAUCGUUUUAAAAUUGACCCAAUCUCACCCCCCUGACCCAAUCUCAUCCCACUUACGGUAUGCAAUUUUCUUGCCAUUUAACUUGUGCAAAUACUACAUGCCAAGACUGCAGAGAUGAUUCGGUAAUUUGAACUUCGCUGGUUUGAAUUUCCGCUAAUUUACAAGGCAUUUAGAUUAGAUAAGAUAAGGCGGGUUUUCAGCUGUCAAAAAAAGUGAAAAAAGUGAAGAUUUUACAGUUUUCCGGGAAAGUUUCACGGUAUUUUUUACUGUAGGGUUGUUUAAAAUGCCAAACUUAACAAAAAAAACCCUUUUGGUCAAAAAUUAUUUUGUAGAAAUAGUUUUUUGCUUUGAAAGCGUUUUUCGGUUCAGGCAUGCUUAACAACCCUACAGAAAAAAAAAAUCCGGUGAAAUUUGCUCGAAAAAAUGGUCAAAAUUACACUUUUCUGAAAAUCUCCAUAUGAAAUCUGGGUUUCGAGUUAUGUUUUUUUUUUGACAGCUGAACCCUCACCUUACCUUAUGUCAUCUUAAUUGGAACGAAUUUGAUUUAAAAAGCAAAAGCAGAUUUAACCACCUUUGUUCGACGAUUCGUGAUUUUGACCGCUGUCAGAUGUUUUAAUAAAAGAGAUCGGAUCCACUAAUUUGAAUACAGUUCCGUUCGAAUUAGAGCAAUCCUCUCAGAUUUCGGCAAUUCAUUUUUUUUUUCAUUUGAAGAUCUGGUUUAAACUUUUUGGGUGCCUUCCGUAUGUUCAAAGGAGCCAUUGUUGUAGUAGAUUAUUGAAAUUUUGAUAAAUUCAUCGUUUCCAUGUUAUAGCCGUGUUUAAGUGUUUUUUAAGUCGUCGAUUUUUUUUUAGUCUUGCCCAUAUUUUUGAAAAACUGGGGAAAUUCUUAGAUUUUGCUUUUUCAACUUUACUGAUACGUCCUUUUGUUGCUGAGAUAUGGCCGUAAAAAUAUUUAAAAAAAACAUGAACAUUUUUUUUUUCAGUGGUGCCCAAUUAGCCCUCGUUUUUUGCUCACCGAUAUCUCGGGAACUAUUCGUGAAAUUUUCUGAUCUUUUCGAAAAAAAUAUUUUGAAAAUUUUGGAAUCAAGAUUAACAUUUCAAAAGGGAGCAAUAUUGAAAAUUGUGCCUUGGAAUUUGCUAAACAAUUCCAGCUCGAUUCCUCCGUGGUCUCCUUAUGCUAACUAGAUAGUAAUUCCAGGAAGUUUAAUAAUUUUUAAAACAAAAUUCUUUCACCGUUUGUGAGCAAUCGUUCUAAAAGUGUCGGUUAUGUUCAUUGUCAUUUGCUUUUGUUUUUCUACUCUUGUGCAACGGAAAAUAACAUUUUAAAACAAAUUAUGAUUUAUUGCUUAAGACCCAGUAUGUUAUUAAUUUUCUUAAUGGUGUUGGUGCCGUUUUCUCCCUUUUUACGGAAAUAAGAUAAUUAGUCAGCAAGUAGAGGUAGCCACCAUUCCAGUGCAGUUUUUGGUAGCCGAUAUUUUUAAGUUACUUAUCAUCACAGAAAAUAACAACACGCAACAAAGUACUAAACAAUACGUGAUAGCUAAUGCAAAAAAAAAAGAAACAAAAAUAUAAAAAAGUUGUUAAAAUUGAAUAUAAAGCUAAAAAGUAGAACAAAUUUCUAACCGAUUGUACUUAAUAUUUGUUGUUUGUCCCCUAGAUUGUACCUAAGCAAAAAACAAAAGACAAAAGUGAAGAAAUUAUUAUUUGCAUUAAAAAAACGUGUAUGUAGGUGUGCAAAAGUCCCUGAUUGUUAGUGAAAACAUGAUUGUAAAAAUAAAAUAAAAAUGUGAAUAACCUCACACAACCACAAA